UAUUUUGUAAAUAAGUCCGCACUAACACUUAUUUCAAUUGUUUUAAAAUUGUUUUAUUCGGCAAAACUGAAAUAAAAAAUGGCCAAGCAUCAUCCCGACUUGAUUUUCUGCCGCAAACAACCCGGCGUGGCCAUUGGACGCCUGUGCGAAAAGGAUGAUGGAAAAUGUGUGAUUUGCGACUCCUAUGUGCGUCCAUGCACUCUGGUGCGGAUCUGCGAUGAGUGCAACUACGGUUCCUAUCAGGGACGAUGCGUAAUCUGCGGAGGACCAGGAGUGUCCGAUGCGUACUACUGCAAGUCGUGCACCAUGCAGGAGAAGGAUCGUGAUGGCUGCCCCAAAAUCGUGAAUCUGGGCAGCUCAAAGACUGACUUGUUCUAUGAGCGCAAGAAAUAUGGCUUCAAACAAAACUACUAAUGUGCUCCUACUCUGGACCCCUCCCUCAUAUACAUUUCUAAUCAAUUUUUAUUGUAAUUUAAUGAAUAUACAUAGAAAGUAUUGAUAUAAACAUGGAAUUGAAGACGUA